UUUCUCCCCUAUAAAACUAGUCCCGCUUCGCAUCUUUUUCAUCAACAUACAUGCUUUGUUUAUCACUUCGGCAAACACAAUAAGGAAUCUGCAAAAGAUAAAUCCUCUAGUUCUUUUCUUUUUUGAACAAGAUUGCAUAUUCAAGGAAUAUUAAUCUUCAGGUUGUGAAAUUAUAUAUCGUUCGGGAAUAUUAUAUACAAUGGUAGCAAUGGAAAGGAGAGUGAAUUACGAGAAUGAUCUCAACCUCAAGGCAACGGAGCUCAGAUUGGGAUUGCCCGGUAGUGAUGAGCCUGAGAGACAAUCGACUCCUAGUAUCAGAAAUAAUAAGAGAACUUCAUCUGAGAUUUCUGAGGAGUUAAGAUCUAAGAGCAGUUCUGGGGUGAAACAGGCUGGAAAUGAUGAUCACCAAGACGAUGCUCCUCCUACCAAGGCACAAGUUGUAGGAUGGCCACCAAUCCGAUCUUACAGGAAAAAUUAUUUACAAAACAAGAAAAAUGAGGCUGAAGGGGCAGGGAUGUAUGUCAAAGUAAGCGUUGACGGAGCUCCUUACCUCAGAAAGAUUGAUCUCAAGAUUUACAGAAGCUAUCCUGAACUCCUUAAGGCUUUGGAAAACAUGUUCAAGCUCACCAUUGGUGCAUACAUAGAGAGGAAAGGCUACAACGGAUCUGACUAUGCUCCUACAUAUGAAGACAAAGAUGGUGACUGGAUGCUUGUUGGAGAUAUUCCCUGGGAAAUGUUCAUCUCCUCCUGCAAGAGGCUGAGAAUCAUACAAGGAUCAGAAGCCAGAGGCUUGGGCUAUGUAUGAGAUACACCCACAAAGAACAAAUUGUUUAACAAGAAAGGAAGACAGUUUACAGGUUAUUUUGUUCGGCUUGGAUCGAUGCAAAUUCCAGAAUGAAGAUCAAUUUGCUCUUCUUGAGAAGUGAGGCUAUUUCGUACAGGAAACUUUCAGAGAUUGACAAGAUCAUCUCUUCUUCCCUCUUUUCUAAUUGAACCAUGACUGGCUUUUAGCCUCCUCUAUUUCAAAUGUCUACGGUUCUUUAUAUAGAAUAUAGCACAAGAUUAAAAGGCAGUACGAAGAUAGAAUACUUUAUAUCCAACCGUACAAAUUAAGCAAAUACUAUUGCUUUACCAUUUUUCCAGGAUAAGCAUAUGUAACAAGAAGAUUAAAUGAAAGGCAAGAACUAUA